AUGGAUUUUGGAUUGAGUUCUGUGGAGGAUUUUACUGAUCCGGUGGUGCGAUUGUUUGGUUCAAUUGAUUAUGUUUCGCCGGAGGCGCUUUCCCGCAGCAAGAUCACUCACAAAAGUGAUACAUGGUCGCUUCUUAUUCUUCGACAUCCAUGGGUGACCGGGGAUUUAGCGAAGCAAGAUCAGAUGGAUGCUGAGAUAGUUUCAAGAUUGCAGAGUUUUAACGCAAGGAGUUCCUAUGAUCUUAAGCCAGAGGAACUGGAGAAACUCAGCAUACAUUUCAAGAAAAUAUGUAAAAAUGGCAAUAACGUGCUGAAAGCAAUGGUUCCUCUAGAGUCUAGCCCCACGUUUCUUCGACCUGUUUGA